AUGUCUGCCCCAAUUGUUAUUGAUGCUAAGGGCCACAUCCAGGGUCGCCUUGCCGCAGCCGUUGCUAAGCAGCUCCUUAAGGGCCGCAAAAUCGUCGUUGUUCGCGCCGAAGAAAUCGUAUUGAACGGCAAGCAUAAGUUCACUGUUCACACAUACGAGCGUUUCCUCAACAAGACAACAAACUCCAACCCACGUGACGGUCCAUUCCACCAACGUGCUCCACGCGAAAUUUUCGCUCGCGCUGUUCGUGGUAUGCUCCCAUACAAGACACACCGCGGUGCUGAAGCUUUCGAAAACCUCAAGGUCUUCGAGGGUGUUCCAGCUAAGUAUGUUACAUACAAGCGUGUUGUUAUUCCACACGCCCUCCGCUGCGUUUCCAUCCACACUGAUCGCCCAACAACAAAGCUUGGCGAACUCUCAACAACAAUGGGCUGGAAGUACGGCAAGGUUGUCGCUGAUCUCGAAGCUAAGCGCAAGGCUGAAUCCGCUAAGUACUACGAAGCCAAGAAGGCUGCUCAGGACAAGAAGGCCGCUGCCAUCGAGAAGGCUAACAAGCAACUCGGUGCUCAGGCUGUCAAGUUCCUUGAGACAUUCUCAGAGUAA